AUGGCUCUGAAUGUGGUGGCUAUUGUCGUCCUGAUCAUUUUCUACGCUGUCAUUUUGGUUGUGGGACUUGUGGCCGCAUGGAAAGUCAAGGUUAGAGGUCAUGAUACUGGAGGCCUGGAGACAGCUCUGGUGGCGGGGAGGGACCUCAAGGGAAUUAUUGGCAUCUUUACUAUGAUAGCAACUACUGUCGGAGGCGGCUACAUCAAUGGGACAGCAGAGUCUGUGGCCAGAGAUGGGUUGGUGUGGACCCUUGCACCUUUGGGUAUCUUUAUUGGACUUAUGAUUGGUGGCAUUGUUUAUGCCGGCAAAAUGCGAGAACGGGAGUACCUCACCAUGCUGGACCCCUUCCAACGUCACUAUGGCAACGUAGUCACAUUCCUGAUAUAUCUGGCCAGUUUGGCUGGGGACCUGUUGUGGACUGCAUCUAUACUGAACGCUUUAGGCACAACGCUGAGUGUCAUUGCAGACCUGCAGUUGUUGGUUGCGGUGCUUCUGUCGGGCUCUGUCACCAUUGUCUACACCAUGGUCGGUAGCAUGAUCUCCGUGGCUUACACUGAUGUGGUCCAGCUGGUGUUUAUCUUUGUUGGCUUGACUGUGAGCUUACCAUUUGUGUUCACAAACAGCAAGGUCCAUGACCUGAUGUCCAGUAAAGACACUUGGUUGGGCCAGGUCUCCUCCAACCAGUGGGCAGUGUGGCUGGAUCUGUUCAUUGCCAUGACUUUGGGAACCAUUCCGUGGCAGUCAUAUUUCCAGAGAGUUCUGUCAGUUCGCAGUGUCAGACAGGCCCAGAUCUUGUCAUUUGUAGGAGCUGUUGGUGCCUUAAUCAUGGUCAUUCCAUCUGUCCUGAUUGGGAUAGCCGGAGCCAGUGCAGACUGGAACAGCACAACAUACGGCACAUCUCCAAUCGGUACAGAGUACUCCAGCCUCAUCUUACCUCUGGUCAUUAAUGAGUUUACAACUCCAGUUGUGUCCAUACUUGGUCUGGGAGCCAUAUCUGCAGCUGUGAUGUCUUCUAUGGACAGUGCUGUGCUAGGUACCAGCUCCAUGUUCACACACAACAUUUAUAGGAACAUAUUGAGGAAGCAA